AUGAACUUUCCGUCUUCCACGCCUUUUCCCAUCCAAACAUUCCAGUCGACGGGCGACGGGCCGUCUCCUCGUGCACUCCUCAAUUUUCUCCGGAACCUCAUCUCUGAGAACCUCCAUGACGGCCGUGUGGAGCAAAUACCGAACGAGAAGCACACAUGGGUGACGGUCAUCGCGGGUCUCUCGGACUAUCUCCUAUCGUCCUUUCCGUCGUCGCGCGAGGGCGCUUGGGCCGUCUUGCACGAGAAGAUCACGUUAGUGGACACGACGCUCGAGGUCAUCCACCGCGUCCUGUCCAAAGUCGAUGGCGUGUGGUCGAGCUCUGGAGAGACGGCGGAGAAGGCGGUUUUCAGGCUGAUCGGGAUUUGUGGUGUGUUGGACACCCGGGACGACGCGGAUAUGCAGGAGGAGGGCGUGCUGUCCCCGCGACAGCUGAGGGAACGGACAUUCGCGGGUACUCUGGAGCUGAUCAGGUACCUCGGGAAUGUCGAUCACGUCACGCGAGGAGCGGAGAGUCGGUCAUGGGAGACGGCGAGGGAGAUCAUAACGGAGUGCAUCAAGACCAGCGAGGAGCUACUCAAUGCCGCGGCGACCUUGACAUUUCCGACAUAUGUGUCGCUUUCCCGCACGCCGCGCAUCGCGUCGGGCCUUGAGUCGGAGGACCGCACGCAGGAGGACGCUACCAACAAAACGUGCACAAUCUGUCUCGAGAAGCCGUCCCACGUCUCGAGCGUCCUAUGUCUUCUCUUGAAUAUCGUCGUCCAUGCGCUCUCGCCUCCGGUGCCCUCGCACGCGUUCCUUGCGGACCUGGUACCACGGACGACGGCGCUCAUACGAUCGCUCUUCAACGCGUUGUAUUUCGGUCAGAUGCCACUGCCCUCGGCAAAGAGGGCCCAAUACAUGAGCAGUGUCCUUUCCUCUGCGAACCUGCUUCGGCCUGUGUGCGACUUUACGAGUUUUGAGGACACGUUUGGAGACAUGGCAUCGCGCCUGCUUCUGUGGAGGCUGGGGGAGACCUCGCAGGACUGUCAGCAGGCCGUCGAUGACGUCCUCCUCACAGUCUUCAAAUCCCCGCUUUCCGUACCGUUCGUGAAGUCUAAUGCUCUUGCAGUUUUGAAGUCAUUGUCGUCUGGUGGAGUUUCAAAUGACGACAGUCUCAUCGUGGCUACCGCAUACUUGUCUUAUCUCCUGAAGCCACUCGACGUCACGACUCUCGACCUCAUCAGGGCCACCAUACCGGACAAUGCACAGCCAGACUCUGUCAUCGCCUUUCUUCAAGACGUCGACAGCGAACUUGUUGCGCGCCAACCACCGGACAAUGAUGCUAUGGAUGUUGACGAGCAGCCACAACCGUUUAUAUCAUGGCAGGAUACAAUACGAGCAAUUGCACAGACCGUCAUACCACUGGAUGAUUUUCAGCCAGAGGCUCCCAUCUCGGACUUCAAGUUUGCAAAGCAGAUACUGGAGUAUCUGAAAACGCAGCUCACAGGGUAA